AAAAUCAGUGUGGAAAUUAAAGGAAAAGCAGACCCUACGUACCCUUAGCCACAGGCAAUCAGCCAAUCAAUCACUCAUCACACUACAUCAAAUUUCCACUUUUGCUCUUCUCCCUCCCCACUCCCUACUUCCGACACGUUUUAUCAUUCUGCGUCUCAUCUCAUCUCAUCUUCCCAAUUUUGCAAUCAAACAAAUCUGUAAUCUUGCUUGCUUACUCCUCGUUCAUCUUCCCCGCUUAAUUGUUGCGGAUUUUUCUUUAUACACAUAUUUGUGAAAAAUCCACCAUUUCUGUGGGUAGGUAGACAGACCUCCAUGGCUCAGAUCUUGCUCCACGGGACGCUCCACGUCACGAUCUACGAGGUCGACCGCCUCCGGACCGGCGGCGGAAACAUUUUCGGCAAGCUGAUAGAGAACAUCCAGGAGACGGUGGGGCUGGGCGAAGGGAAGCCCAAAAUCUACGCGACCAUCGACCUCCAGCGGGCGCGCGUGGGGCGCACGCGCACCAUCGAGGACGAGCCGCGCAACCCGCGCUGGUUCGAGUCGUUCCACAUAUACUGCGCCCACAUGGCCGCUGACGUCAUCUUCACCGUCAAGGACGACAACCCCAUCGGCGCCACCCUCAUCGGCCGCGCGUACGUCCCCGUCGCCGACCUUCUUGCCGCCGACGACGAGAUCGACCGCUGGGUCGAAAUCCUCGACGACGACCGCAACCCCAUCAAAGAAGGCUCCAAAAUCCACGUCCGCCUCCAGUUCUUCGACGUCUCCCGCGACCGGAAUUGGGCCGCCGGCGUCAAGAGCUCGCACUACCCCGGCGUUCCGUACACCUUCUACCCUCAGAGGACCGGCUGCCACGUGUCGCUCUACCAGGACGCCCAUAUCCCCGACAACUUCGUGCCGGAGAUUCCUCUCUCCGGCGGCCUGCGCCACCAGCCCCACCGCUGCUGGGAAGACGUCUUUGACGCCAUUGUUAACGCCAAGCACUUCAUUUACAUCACCGGAUGGUCUGUUUACACCGAGAUCUCUCUGGUGAGGGACUCGAGGAGGCCGAAGCCCGGCGGCGACAUGAUGCUCGGCGAGCUGCUGAAAAAGCGCGCGAGCGACGGCAUUCGCGUGCUAAUGCUCGUAUGGGACGACCGAACCUCGGUUGGGCUGUUAAAGAAGGACGGUUUAAUGGCGACGCACGACGAGGAGACGGAGCGGUUCUUCCAGGGGACCGACGUGCAUUGCAUCCUCUGCCCCCGGAAUCCCGACGAUGGCGGAAGCUUCGUCAGCGACUUGCAGGUCGCGACGAUGUUCACGCACCAUCAAAAGAUUGUCGUUGUCGACGCCGCGCUGCCGAGCGGCAGCUCGGCGGAGCAGCGGCGGGUAGUGAGUUUUGUCGGCGGUAUUGAUCUAUGCGACGGCCGGUACGACUCGCCGUUCCACACGCUCUUCCGGACGUUGGACACGGCGCACCACGACGAUUUCCACCAACCGAACUUCCCCGACGCGUCGAUCGCCAAGGGCGGCCCGAGGGAGCCGUGGCACGACAUACAUUCGCGGCUAGAAGGCCCGAUCGCGUGGGACGUUUUGUUCAACUUCGAGCAACGGUGGAAGAAGCAAGGCGGGAAAGACUUGCUCCUCGACUUGAAGGAGCUCGGCGACGUAAUUCCCCCAUCGCCGGUGACGUUCCCCGAUGACAACGAGACGUGGAAUGUUCAAUUGUUCCGAUCGAUCGACGGCGGGGCUGCAUUCGGGUUCCCCGAUUCGCCCGAAGAUGCCGCCCGGGCGGGGCUCGUCAGCGGGAAGGACAACAUAAUUGAUCGGAGCAUUCAAGACGCGUACAUCCACGCCAUUCGUCGCGCGAAGAACUUUAUCUACAUUGAGAAUCAGUACUUCCUCGGAUCGUCGUUCGGCUGGGACGCCCACGACGACAUUACCGUCGAGGAUGUCGGGGCUCUACAUCUCAUCCCGAAGGAACUUUCGUUGAAGAUCGUUAGCAAGAUCGAGGCCGGGGAGAGGUUCACCGUGUAUGUCGUUGUCCCGAUGUGGCCCGAGGGGAUCCCCGAGAGCGCGUCGGUGCAGGCAAUCUUGGAUUGGCAGCGGCGGACGAUGAACAUGAUGUAUCAAGAUGUCGUUCAGGCGCUUGAGGCGAAGGGCGUUCAGGAAAAUCCGAGGAAUUACUUAACGUUCUUUUGUCUCGGCAAUCGAGAGGUUAAGAAGAGCGGCGAAUACGAGCCUUCCGAGAAACCCGACCCCGACUCCGACUACUUCAAAGCUCAAGAGGCGCGGCGAUUCAUGAUCUACGUCCACGCCAAGAUGAUGAUCGUUGACGACGAGUACAUUAUCGUCGGAUCGGCGAACAUCAACCAGCGAUCAAUGGAUGGUGCGCGCGACUCGGAGAUUGCAAUGGGAGCUUAUCAGCCGUACCAUUUGGCGAAACGGCAGCCGGCGAGGGGACAAGUCCACGGAUUUAGAAUGUCAUUGUGGUACGAGCACCUCGGGAUGCUCGACGACGCGUUCGUGCGGCCCGAGUCGGAGGAAUGUGUGAACAAGGUGAACGAGAUUGCCGACAAGUAUUGGGAUCUGUAUGCCGCGGAGGAGCUGGAGCGCGACCUGCCGGGGCACUUGCUGCGGUAUCCCAUUGGGGUGUCGAGCGAGGGACGGGUCACGGAGCUGCCGGGGACCGAGUUCUUUCCCGACACGAAAGCGCGGGUUCUCGGGACCAAGUCGGACUAUCUUCCUCCGAUCCUUACAACUUGAGUCGGCGGCGCCGCGGCGCUCCUCGCCGGAAAGAAUGAGGGAAUGGUUGUGGUGAUGUUGAGUUUGUUUUAUAGCUACGAACGGAGGAUGUGUUUGUGUGUUUCUUUUUUCCAGCCUUGCGUGUGAGUUUUUUUUUUUUUUUUUUUAAUUGGAUUAUGCAUUUAUUUAAUUUGGUUGUAUUAACUUGUAUUUUUGUUUUUUUAUCGUUUUCUAAUAUAUAUAUAUAUAUAUUUAUGUA